CAUCCAGGUGGAGAGGAGGUACUGCUGGAACAAGCUGGCAGAGAUGCCACGGAGAGCUUUGAGGACGUUGGGCACUCCACGGACGCCAGGGAGAUGCUCAAGCAGUACUACAUAGGGGAGGUGCACCCGCAGGACCGUAAGAGUGAAGGCUCCAAGAAUCCAAGUAUGACAUCCUCAGGCCAAGCAAGUUUCUGGUCCACGUGGCUCAUCCCCAUCUUUGGAGCACUGGUCAUAGGGUUAAUGUAUCGCUACUACAUGGUGGAUGGCAAAAGCUCCUGA